GUCAAACACCUCCUCAUCUGCGAUUGGAAAAACCUGUGGAGUCAGAGCUGAGCUCCACAUUUGAGUUGGAUGCAAGACACAAGAGCAGUGGACUUUAUGGAUUAAGCCGAGGAGUUUGCUGAGUUUCAGACCGGUGAGGUUCGGGCUCCAAAAUUUGUUUCUUCUGGGAGUUUGGAAAAGGUUAUCUUUUUCUUUCUUUUAAUAUUUUUGUACAAGCCAAAUAGUGCCUGGAAAGAUUCUACUUUUUUGGUUUUGGACGAAUAAGUGACUGACCCACCACUUUAACUGGUGUUUGGUUGGUGUCGCUUGAACAUGUCUGAGAGAUCCCAGAGCCCCGCGACUGAGUGCCAGACUCGACCAUACGAUUUCAGCCGAGCCAACCUGUGCCCACAGGGCGUGGGGCAAGAGUCUUUCCAGAUACCACCCGGACUCCUGGCGGACCCCAACCUGCUCUACAACAAGUCCGCCUACGGAGGAAUCCCCUCGCAGACUUUCUUUCCUUUUGCCCCGAUGGGAGGCGACUACCGUGGAUCAGACCAACAGCAGGCAGUUGACCUGGCGCAGCCCAAACCUUGGUACCCUUUUGCAGCGCCCGACUACGUGAGCCAGGUCCCUGGUGCAGCAACCGCGACACAGCCAGCCAACCUGAGUCCACCAAUCGCCCAGACUCCACAGGUCAAACUGCCCGACAUCAAGGUGGAAAAGGACAGCGAGGAGGAGUAUUCUGCCGAGGUGAAGAUUCAGCAGUACCCCAACCCUCCCACCAUGUCUCAUGGAGUCUUUUACUCUGCACCCUGGAAUCCGUCUUUUUGGCCUGGGAUUGCCCACAUUACGCCCCGGGACAACAGCAGCGGCCAGAAUCCGUCAACACCGUCCUCCGCGUCUUCUCCAUCCAUGUCCCCUUCUCCCCCGAGCAGUGGCAAUAAUGGGAAUGCGUUUUUCGGAAGUGGGACACCCACACAGGGUGUCACCGGGCACCAGAGCCAGAAUCCAACUUCAUCAGGCCGGAGCAGCGGCUCCUCUAGCGGCGGGUGCAGCGACUCCGAGGAGGAGAGCCUCACCACGGAGGAGCUGGAGCAGUUUGCCAAAGAGCUCAAACACAAGCGCAUCACUCUGGGCUUUACGCAGGCCGAUGUUGGACUGGCCCUGGGGAACUUGUAUGGAAAGAUGUUCAGCCAAACGACCAUUUGCCGCUUUGAAGCUCUACAGCUGAGUUUCAAAAACAUGUGCAAAUUGAAGCCAUUGCUUCAGAGAUGGCUGAAUGAAGCAGAGACUUCAGAAAAUCCACAGGAUAUGUACAAGAUUGAACGUGUGUUUGUGGACACCAGAAAGAGAAAAAGGAGGACAAGUUUGGAGGGAGCUGUGCGUUCAGCUUUGGAGACAUAUUUUGUCAAAUGUCCCAAACCCAACACACAAGAGAUCACCCACAUCUCAGAUGACCUGGGGCUGGAGAGAGAUGUGGUCCGUGUGUGGUUCUGUAAUCGCAGGCAGAAGGGGAAGAGGCUGGCACUACCUCUAGAUGAAGAGUGUGAUGGGCAGUACUAUGAGCAGAGCCACCCUCUCAACAUGGCACCCUCUCCUAUCCCUAACCAGAGCUACGCUACGCCUAGCUACACCGGAGCCACUUCUGCACUAUACAUGCCCUCUCUGCACAGGCCAGAUGUACUAAAGCAGGCCAUGCACCCUGGCCUGGUGGGCCACCUGACAGGAUAAACUCAGACCACAGGACUACAGGAGGCUCAAUUCUGUUCAGGGCAUACACCCACAUCAGAUGCAAAGUCAUGUGUGAUUGAGGAUAUGACUUAAUUGUUAAACACUUGUACAGACUUUGGUGCAUGCACGGGGGAGGGGGAGGGAAUCGGAAAGCAAAAUUUUGUUUUGUACUUGGUUUUUUUAUUUGAUCAAUGGGCAUUUUUAUAAAUGUAGUUCAGCAUGAGCUCUUGCAGCAAUGACAUUGAACAGUAUUGCACAAAAUGAAGAGCUGUAUUUUAAACAUGUGAUUCUAAAUGUGCAUUGAUUAACUUGGAGUCCAAAAAGCAUUUUGAAGUGUUAGUGCAACCUCCUAAGGCGAAUAGAUGCCAGGUGCCUUUUUAACUUUUUUUUAUAUCAUGCUAAAAGUUCACUGCUGAUUUUGCAGGAAAUCUACCUCAUCUGACCUCAUGUGUCAAAGCUAAUGGGAAAAACUGAGUGCCUUACUACUGUGUGUGAGCUGUCAUUUUUGUGACACUUGUCAGUAGACUGUAAAUGGACUUAAAUUAUUUAUUGAAACAGUGGAGCAGCUACAAAGGUAUGUUGUCUGCUCUGCAGCCUUUUUACUUGCUGUUCAGGUCUUCACAUAUGAAAUUGACAGUAAACUCUUUGCACGUUUCUAUGCAUGGUUUCUUUAAUAUUUUAUCAGGCUAACCACAGAGUUGAAUACAAUGUGUAGAGCUAUGAAGUGUAUUAAAACACAAUCUGAGAUGCAUAGUGAGAACAGUAUAUCAUUUGGUUGAACAGAUUAAAAUAAAAGCAUGUCAUAUGUUUCAAUACAGAAUAGGUCUGUGCAAUGAAUGCAUUUUAUCAAAUAAACAUUUUAAAUCAA